AUUACCGUUCCUGUCACCUGACCAGCCCAAACCCUUUAGGAAAGGGAGGGCCGCUGCCCACCCGCACAAUCGGAGGCGGAGAGAGCAGAAGGGAUGCCCCUCAGGGUGCCUGGUGAGACUCUGGCAGCGAUGCAGGAGUUCUGGCUCCCAACACCCCCCACUCUCACCACUAGCUCCCACUCCCCUCGCGGAGCCGGGGAGGGACCCGUGAGUCUCGGGUCCCCGCUGUACGGGUCGCUGCCGCUUUGUGGCUGGUGCCGGUGGAGGCGCCGCGUGUUUGCUCUGCCCCGGGUCUCCGCCCUCCCCAAACCCAGCCCAGCGGCGGGGCUGGGCCGGAGCUCGUCAGGCAGGGUGAGUCACUCCCGCACCUGGGGGGGGUGCCCAGGAGCCGAGGCAGCAGGCAGCGCUGGAGGAGCCCGUCACCGCCGCGGGGGGCGCAGCGGAAUCACCCUGACUGCGCCCCGCUGAGGCCCGGGCAAGGCAGCCGGCUGGGCAGUGGGAACGGAGAGCUGACAGGAUGAUCCCUGUAGCUGAGUUCAAGCAGUUCACGGACCAGCAGCCAGCCUUCAAGGUGCUCAAGCCCUGGUGGGAUGUGCUGGCUGAAUACAUCACGGUGGCCAUGCUCAUGAUUGGGGUUUUUGGCUGCACCCUGCAGGUGACACAGGACAAAAUCAUCUGCCUCCCCAACCAUGUCCCUGCUGGUGCCUCACUCUCUGAAACAUGCCAGAAUUUCACCAGGAAGAGCCUCAAUGCCUCGGAGCCAGACACACCCCUGUCCUCCCGGGAGAUGAGCGGCCUGCGCAACAACCUGGACAUCCAGCAGUACAGCUUCAUCAACCAGAUGUGCUAUGAGACAGCCCUGCACUGGUACGCCAAGUACUUCCCCUACCUGGUGGUCAUCCACACCCUCAUCUUCAUGGUCUGUGCCAACUUCUGGUUCAAGUUUCCGGGCACCAGCUCUAAGAUUGAGCACUUCAUCUCCAUCCUUGGCAAGUGCUUUGACUCACCCUGGACUACCCGGGCCCUCUCUGAGGUCUCUGGGGAGAACCAAGAUGGGACGACCUCAAAGAAGGAAGACGGGCGGAGGAAGAGCAUCAAGGAUGAAAUACCCGAGUCCCACCCUGCUCUACAGCCCAUCCAGUCCAUCUCUGAGAAGAAGGUAGCAGAGACUCCUGCAGUCAGCCUGCUGGACAAGAAGGAAGGGGAGCAGGCCAAAGCUUUGUUUGAGAAGGUGAAGAAGUUCCGGCUGCACGUGGAGGAGGGAGACAUCCUCUAUACCAUGUACAUCCGACAGACUGUUCUCAAGGUCUUCAAGUUCCUGAUCAUCACAGCCUACAAUGCCGCCCUGGUGCAGAACAUCCACUUCAUUGUGCCCUGCAGCAUGGAGAUGGAGGACAUGACAGGCUACGACCACUUCUGCUGCAACCACACCAAGGCCCACCUCUUCUCCAAGCUGGCCAUCUGCUACAUCUGCUUCUUGGGCGUCUAUGGCCUCACCUGCCUAUACACGCUGUACUGGCUCUUUCACCGGCCCUUGAAGGAGUACUCCUUCCGCUACGUGCGAGAGGAGACGGGCAUCAGCGACAUCCCUGACGUCAAGAAUGAUUUUGCCUUCAUGCUUUAUCUGAUCGACGAGUAUGACUCCCUCUACUCCAAGCGCUUCGCUGUCUUCCUCUCCGAGGUCAGCGAAAGCAAGCUCAAGCAGCUCAACCUCAACCACGAAUGGACAGAGGAGAAGCUGCGGCAAAAGCUGCAGCGGAAUUCCCUGGGCCGCCUGGAGCUCCACCUCUUCAUGCUGUCCGGCUUGCCUGACACAGUCUUUGAGCUGUCUGAGGUGGAGGCCCUGAAACUGGAGAUGCUCAAGGAUGUGACCUUCCCACCGCUGGUGGCCCAGCUCGUCCGCCUCCAGGAGCUCUCCCUGCUGAACUGCCCCGUCAAGCUGCCAUUUGCCUCCCUGGUCUUCCUGCGGGACCACCUCAAGGUGAUGCAGGCCACCUUUGACGAGAUCAAAGAUGUGCCGCUGUGGGUCUACAGCCUCCGCGGGCUGGAGGAGCUCCACCUCUCUGGCCUCUUCAGCCAGGAACUGGGGAGGGCGUCCGGCUUGGAGAGCCUCCGGGAGCUGAGGAACCUCAAGGUGCUCUCGUUGCACAGCAACAUCUCCAAGGUGCCACCCAGCGUGACUGACAUCUCAACUCACCUGCAGCGCCUGUGCAUUCUCAACGACGGCACCAAGCUGGUGACCCUCAACAACCUCAAGAAGCUGGUCAACGUGCGGGAGCUGGAGCUGGUCAACUGCAACCUGGAGCGCAUCCCCCAUGCCGUCUUCAGCCUGGUCAGCCUGCAGGAACUGGACCUGAAAGACAACCAGCUACGCUCCAUCGAGGAGAUCCUCAGCUUCCAGCACUGCCGCAAGCUUGUCUGCCUUAAGCUCUGGAGCAACCACAUUGCCUAUAUCCCCGAGCACAUCCGGAAGCUCAAGGGCCUGGAGCAGCUCUACCUCAAUCGCAACAAAAUAGAGACCCUGCCCUCCCAGCUCUUCCUCUGCACCAAGCUCCGCUAUCUUGACCUCUCCAACAAUGGCAUCCAGGUUAUCCCCCCAGAGGUAGGUGUGCUCCAGAAUCUCCAGUACUUCGCCAUCUCCUCCAACUCAGUGGAGACCUUGCCCGAUGAGCUCUUCUUCUGCAAGAAGCUGAAGACUCUGAUGGUGGGACACAACAAGCUCUCCACCCUCUCCCACCGCCUGGGCAACCUCUCCUUGCUCAGCAAGCUGGAAUUGAAGGGGAACCGUCUGGAGGCCUUGCCGCUUCAGAUUGGGCGGUGCCCAGCACUCAAGCGCAGCGGCUUGGUGGUGGAGAGCACCCUCUAUGAGAUGCUGCCCGUGGACAUCCGGGAGAGGCUGGAGAGUGAAUGAGAAGAGGGGAUAGUCAGCAGCAGGGGCAGGCUCUUUGGCCACCUGCAGAAAGACUGUCACAGUGACUAGAGCUGGGAAGUGCCUUGUGUGCUCCUCUCCAGUGCAGGUGUUGCUCCCAGGCCAGAGCUGCAAAGGCACCUGGGAGAUCUCCCACCAAAAGUCUUACCAAAGAAUCAUCCCCCCGGCCAUGGCUAUGGAGGGGCUCAACAUUUCAUCCCAGUCGGACAGUGGGUGAUCCUGUAUGGCAGAGCUGCCACGUUGUAUCCUGGAUUGCCGGGGAGAAAUUACUCUAUUUAUACUUAUUUUUUUAGUGUUAUUAACAAGCAGCAUUUAUGGCUUUUAAAAAAGGA